AUGGCCCCACAGACGCCGCUGCUGCUGGCACUGCUGCUCGUCGCGGCUGGCCACGCCUCCUCGCUGCCUCGUGCAGGCUGCUCGGUGGACGUGAACAGAUCCAAGAUGCCCUCUCCACAGCCGCUGCUGCUGAAGCCCGGCGGAAGCAAAGACGUGCACGGCUUCGUCACGCCGGACUCCUCGGGGGUGAUCUCGCUCAGCCAGAACCAGCAGAUCAUCGUCGCGUGUCCCGGCAACAUCAUCCAGGUCACGAAACAGCCGCAAGCGACAGCCUCCUGUGUCUCCGGCUCCACUUUUUCCAUCAAUGGGAAGUCUUACAGCUUCACUGAUCUCGCAUGCAAGUCCAAGCCGAAGCCGUCGGAGCGGAUUCCGGCCCAAUCGUGCGGGAGCAGAGGCCAGUACCAGGUGGUCCAGCUGGGCUUCCAGGUCGGCUCCGACUUCUACACGCUCAUCGACGCCUGCUUCGACAAUCGCUCCUACAGCACGGUGUACGACCACUUCACGAUGGUCGCCGAAAUAGGGGGCAAACAGAACUAUUCCAGCAGGCCCAAAAAAUGGUUACGUGGCACCUUCUUCAGCAACAUUGACAUGGAGUAUUAUUACAACAGAACCACCCAAGUCAACACGGUCGGCAGGCUGCUGGGGGACCCUAAGCUCGGGUCAAAGUACAUUUCUCAAAACACCGACUACUUCCUUUCCAGAGGACACCUCACUGCUAACGCUGAUUUCAGUCUCAUCGCGCAGAGGUACGUCACGUUCUUCUACAUGAACUCUGCGCCGCAGUGGCAAACCUUCAACGGUGGCAACUGGCAAACCAUGGAGGACAAUGUACGUUCCUAUGCUGCGAGUAACGGAACCAAGCUGGAAAUCUACACGGGUACGCACGGCAUCACAACACUGCGCAGCAAGACGAAUAACGAGAAGGAGUUGUUUCUUUGUAUUGACGGCGGCAACUACAUCCCAGUGCCGAAGCUCUUCUGGAAGAUUGUCUAUAAGGCGGUUACUAAGGCAGCUGUAGUGUUCCUGGGUGUAAACAACCCGCACAUUGAGAAACCUGGCUCUGACUACUACAUCUGCAAAAACGUAUGCCCCAAUAUCACCUGGAUAGAAUGGGAGGCCAAUAACCAAACGAUGGGCUAUUCGUACUGCUGCGAAUAUGCAGACUUCACGAAAUCUGUGGCCGACGCACCCAACCUCACAGUUACCUCUCUGCUUACGUAAUGGUCUCAACUGGAAGGCAGUUCGAAUUAUCUUCAAAAACCGCAUGGAAGUCACAUCAAACGAAAAUCGCAUUCAAAACGUCUACGGAAUCCAACAAGGAAUGUAAAUACAUCUGCAGCUCUUUAUUUCGGUUAGUUCACAGUCUUUGAACUUUGGUGAUAUCCAUAUUUUAAUUGUAGCGUCUUUGAGCCUUCUUUGAAGACAUAAGCCUAAAGUUAAGAGAUAAUUGUGGCUUUUGAUUUACACAUUCCGCCUCUCACUCUGAAGUUUAUUUCUACCAGUUUCAGUAAACCUGUCCAGUACGAAUAAUUUUGUUCCAUUUGUGACACGCUUAUUUUAGAGUAAGUUUUAUUUUUAGCUGACAGCAUGGGAAUGCUAGACUUUAUGUUUAUAUGAUAUACGAAACAGCAAAUUCCACAGUUUUAUCCGAUUUUACGUCUUAGUUGCAUAAUUAUAGGUCAAGGUUAGAGUGGAAAAAACAAGAUGAAUGUAAAUAACAGCAAAAUCCGAUGUAACGUAUUUCUUAACCU